ACCGGCAAGGAAGCGCUUCGCCAAUCUUCUCCACUUUCUUCCCUUCCGUUCCGAUGACAAUCCCCGCCCGCACACGGAAUCAACAACAUGGCUCGCGUGUCUCCCUUUCCGUUGCUGCCUCAUGGUACCCUCCCACAACCCUCGCCCUCUUCCACAACUCUUCCACUCGACCCACAACAUCCUCUGAUGCCUCCGCAGAUCCCCUCGUGAACUCAUACGGAUGUCAUCGACGUCUACCGGCGCGAAACGCGGCGGACUGAGAGGCAGCUACGCCUCAGCUUCCGUACAAGCUCGACGCGGAUGGAGGAAAGCAUCAUCUGGCUCUCGCCAGAGGCUCGUGUCUGAUUCUCAUCAUACUUCCCAUACUACCGCGGUUCCAUUAUUGGCGACCUCGUCUACCCAGACAAUAGUGCUAUCUGCGAGCCCCGAUGCUGGCCCCUCAGAAGGUCCGGGCGCCGAGCCGGAGGAAGACCUCUACGUUGAUGCUAGCGGACGCGUCGAUCCCUCAUCUGUGCAAGACCCUGGUCCAUCAAGAUCCUUUCGCUCGCUCGUCCCCCGAACUGCAUCCACAGGUCAGACUCGCGCUUAUGAGCUUCGUACGCCUCGUCAGCUUGCAAAGUCACGCGCAACAGACCACGCAGGCCCUCUCCAGAGUACUCCAAUCCAGCGCACUGGAAUUCCUGCAGCCUCGAUUGGGAGGAGCCGCCAGUCGCUCGGCUCGAAGGAAGCUAAUGUGUCUGUCAGCCGAGAUCGCAGCUUCCAUUUGCCUGACCUCCGAGCUCGAUGUCAGGCCCUGACUACCAAUGCACAGGCUGUUCUUGGAUUCUAUGCGGAUCUUCUGGAGAGAGAGCAGGCACAAGACGAACCCAUCGCGAUCGAUGCGCACCUCAUAUCUGAGAUGAGACGCUCAUGGGAGCCUUUCGAAUCAUACAAGGUCAAUCAACUACUGCCAAGGGCUCAAUUCCACCACCACUUCAUCCUCAUCGAUGAGCACGCAUCUCUCCUUUUGCCUGAGGGGACAGGAACUAUCCCUCCUGGCCUCGAAGAGGCCAUGCGCCUCGCGAAUCUUGCUACUUUCGUGCAUUACGUGUGGAAUUUGCCGCUAGAUAGCGUGAAAGAUGGUUCCGAGGACUGGCCUCUUCGAAGUUUUCCCGAGCUCCAGGACGCUUGGAGGGUCUUCUGGCGUAUCAUCAUUCCGCAAUCAGACCCGAUCACAGACGAAAUCCUCACAAGCUAUCUGGAGCUGUCCACCCAGGUCUUUUGCGCAAGAUUGACCUUGCUCAGCGAGAAAGUCCGGAGUGGCGGCGCAACCUGGAAGGCAGCGGAGGCUGAGGCUCGGGCGCUUCUGGAUGAUCUCCUGGGCGCAGGCGCUAUACAAGAAGCGGCUGCGUCCCGGCACUUAAAUGAGAAAGCAGUGCAAGAUGUCCUUCGCUCCUGGUCACAGAUAUCCCGAAUACGAAGAGCUGAUGUCCAUCAGAUGAGAUUCGAUGCUGAGGCUUGCCGAGACAUUUUUAAGCUCUCAGAGUCGGCCGCAAAUAUUACUUCUCUCGUUGUGUCGCUUGCACAAGACCUCGAGGUCUCACUUGCCGAAAAUCAGGCUCCCCACCUAUUACAAGAGCUGUUCCCAAGCCCGCCUGGCUCUUUGCUUGAUCGGCGCCUCGAAGCAUCCGUGCCACCUCGCCGAAGCAACGUUGCGAUACCGCAAGCACGACCUGAGCAGGGAUCAGCAGCUAGCCUCGCCGAAUCUGGAUCUUCUCAGAAUCCCGGUUGGCUUAAGGAACUUGUAGCGGGCAAGAAAAAUCGUGCUCCCGCUGCUCCUGCCAGUGAGCGCUCUGCAGAAACAGAGCAGUCUCAGGUGUCCAUGAGCAAUAGCCAAGUCAUGCGCUUGCUUACUGCAGAGGAACGAGAAGCCGCCCUGGCGGAGAUGUUCUCGCAGUCGUACUCUCAAGCGUCACUCGGUGAUGACGACGAUGAGGGGUCACUGAUGACUGAGACCGAGGGUCGUGGAGCAGGUGAACUUAGCGCUUACUUCAUCCCAAGUGAGGAAGAAGAUGAAGAAGUCGAAGUAGAGCAAGAAGACGACCUGUCUGUGGACUUCAGCAUCCAAGAUGGACAGAUUGUUCACAAGCCACUGAAGAUAUUCGACAACGCCGAGGCGUCGUACGAAAGCGGUGAGGAGAUGGACGAUGCUCUGCAAGUAGUUGCUCCUUCUCCUGCAAAGCACCUCCAGAUACGCGGCGGUCGUCUUCGGAGAGUGCCAGCAGCUGAGCAGGCAAACUUAUUCCAGCCUACAGGUCAAGGCGUUCGUCUCACACGCUUCGACUCUCAGUCACCAUCGGAGGUGUCCCUUGAUCUAACACCAGCAAGAGCGAUACGAGCUCAGAACUUCUACGGUCGACGAGCCAGAGCAGUGAAUGCGAGGAAGCGAGCACCUGAGACUUCCAGCAAGGUCCAGCAAGUUGCUCGGAAGCGGACGAGGACGAUCACAUCUGCCUCUCAUCGCAAUGUUCCUGGUCGAGCUGGUCUGUCGUCCUUCAUCGAGGUGCUCGUCGAUCAACCGAGUGAGGAUGUCCGGAAAGCAUUCCGCUCUCAUCUGACUCGUGCAGCCCAGUCCUCUCGCUCACCGCCUCGGCGGUUGACACGAGCUGCCGCAAGACGUCAAGAAGAGGCAUCAGCAACGGCGAUGGCGGAGGUGCAGCACUCUAUGGACCGCAUGUCUGUGUCGCAUCCCGCUGAGCACGUCGACACAGUCAUGGCCGAUGAUAUACCUGCAAUACCAGCUGGCGACCAGGCACAAGGCAGAGAGCUGGAAGCCUCACAAGCUGUAGAAGCUGACGCCAAUCACUUCGAAAAUCUUGGAGCUUUCGAGGGCGACAAUGACAGGGACGUCCGGGAGGCUCGCAAACAGCUGACGCUGGAGUACUGGUUCGCAAGAGUCCGCCCCGGUUUCGAGCAAUUCCCACAACCUGUACGCACCUCGAGCAGCCCUCUGCCUCCGUCACAACAGAGGAGCAGCCAUCGAGAUGCUGUGCUCAUUCCUGACAGUCAGGCGACCGCUGCACCAGACCAGUCGGAACAGAUCGUCGAAGUUGUCAUCGAUGCGGAUGAAGGCGUAGCUAGUGACAGUAGCGAGAACAUGAAUGAGCCGUCUCAGUCACGGACUUUCGGAGCUAGACGUAGGCAAAGAGCCGGACAGACCGGCCGACGCACUGUCUCGGGUCAGCGUGGAAGGGUCAUCCCGCCUACGCCGGACUCUAGCGAGGACGAACUCGACGAGAUCUUCACUCAAGAGGAGCAUGCUGAGUCUGAGGCCGAUGCCCCAGCUCCGCCGGCGACCCCCGUCCCCAAGAAGCCCGGUGCUCCCAAGGGCGUCGGCCAGCGCCUCAGGAAGCCUUGGACACCCGAAGAGGUCAAGUGUCUGCUCGAUGCAAUGUACAAGCUCGCUCGGAACAAGGAGCAAACACCCAACUACAAGAUUUAUGCCGAGAUCCUCAGUCGCCAUGGCAAGCAAGGCAGUGAUGAUCAUGUUCUGAGCGGGCGCAGCAACGAUGAGCUUAAGGCAAAAGUGCGCUCAGAGCUUUUGCGGAUGGCCAGAGAGUGCGAGAGUAUACCGUACUGGAAGAAGCUUUACUGGGAUGGCAUCUUCAAUACGAAGGAAGGCAAGGCAGCGCUCCGGGCCGGUGCAAGAGGCAAGCCACGUAGAGCACCUCUGUCUGAAGUUCAACAUCAAGCACAGUCACAGCGUCUUCGUGAUCAGUUCCCAGAAGAUGAGGAUCUCCGUGACGCCGUCAUGCGCGACGUCUUUGAUCCGGAAGCUAGAGGGGGCAGCGAUCUCUCAGGGCAGGAGCAAGAGGAUGUCGAUGAGGAGGAAGCAGAAGCAUACGACCUGGCUAGUCCUCAGACCAGCGUUGACGAGCUGGAAAUGGAGCCGGACCUGCGCACGCAGACUCCUCGUCCUCAGACGCCGCCUCUUCGGAUCUUUGAGUCGCAUCCACAGCCUCAACAUCGCUUCACGCCUCCUCCGCCUUCGGUUCUGAAGUCACCUUAUCGUCGACGUGACUCAAGGGCGGAGAGUCAUGUCCAUUUCGAGGACUCGGACCAAGAUGAGGAGGCGCAAGCAGACAGGCGUGAUACCGAUAUAGCUUAUACCCCUGGCUCCCUUGCCUCACUUCGAGAGCGUCUAACCGCCGGUCCUUCACAGGCGAUCAAGCGCGGGCGGGAUCUUGUACAGCGGUACUCUCGCCGAUCUCAACCUCCUGAAACACGACAGCCAAUGGCCACUCUGAGUAGCGAUGAGGGCGAAGAGGAAGAGGAGGAUGGAGCAGAAGUCUCACCUCGUAAGCGGCCGAGGGCUCGUCCCCAUGCAGGGAGACAGAGCGCUCCUCCUGCGCCUGUCGGUGGAGAAGCACUUACUCUUACAGCGCCUUUGUCGCUGCCGGCGAUAGCAGCAGCGGCCGAAGAGGCUUCAGAGAGGCCCGCAGAGCCAUCCGAAGAAGAAGUCGAAGUGGAGAGAGCUACCUCUGAACCUCCAGAGUUGCCUGACACUCAGGUACAGCAGCGAAGACAGAGUGCUCGUAUAGCUCCUCUGCGACAGAGUCAAACGGGGAGGCGGCAGGGAAGGCAGACGACAGGGGCGCUGUGAAGUCUCUCACCAUUGGAUUUUGAGGACGGUUCCGCAAGUUGCGUUGUACUGCAUAAUUGUAUGGUAUUCGAACAAGUACAUUGUGCUCGCUUUCUAUUGAUUGUCCGUUCCUUUGAUAUGCCUCUUUCCUUCUGCGUCUCCCUCUGACUUAGGCACAAUAGUCUCAUCUCCCAUUCCCCCACCAAUCUCUGCACCUGAAGUUCCCGCAGCCAUACCCGUGCCCGUGCCCGUGCCCGUGCCCGCCUCCGCCUCAUCCACAUCUGUAGUCGAGUCUGU